AUGUCUGAGCGCCAGCGCACCCCCCGCACCCCCUUCCGCCAGCACGUUCGUGCACAACUCUCCACCUCGGCUCCGCAGUUCCUCUUUUGUCUCACUUGUGUCCAGCUCAAUGUCAUCGGCUGGAUGCAAGCAGGGACCGAAUAUGGUUUCGGGCCUCGCUUUGAGUUUCGCUGCGUCCAGGACUCCGGUAACUCGAAUGACUGCCAGAACUGUGCCCAGGAGGAUCAGACUUGUGAGCAGGUUCCCGCUGGAAUUGAGGGCCACCGUUAUGAGUUGCUCUCCUUAAUCGCGUGGGUGAACUUGAUGUGGGGAUCUUAUGACCCCACAAGACCAUAUUUCGACGGCUUUGAGCGUAACUGGAUCUUGCCUGGCCACGCACUGGCCCAGCUUGGGGCUAAGAUUGCCAACCUUUGCCAGUCCUUCCGUCUCCUGGCCCAGAAUCACAUUGAAGAGCAUGGAAUCCACAGCACUUGCUCGCGGGCUCGUCGUGCCGUCUACCGGAACUGGCUUCUCAGUCGCCAACCUAUCCCCUGCGCUAUCGAGCUUGACGGCAGCCCUGAAAGAUUUGCAGACUUCUCCUCCUCGAAGCACAAGUCUGCUGACACGGAAGAUCAUGUCCACUACUGGUAUGGUGCGAUUCGCAGCUUCCGCCAGAGUGUAACCGGCAUAAUCGAGGAUGGUGUUCGGGGCACUAUCCACCAGGAUGAUUAUGCUGCCUUGCUUCGCCGUUUCCCAAGCCAGAUACUCCCCGCGUUCCCCCGUGGUUUUCAGUAG